AUGGAAAUCUUAAGCAUGAGGCAAUCCUUCCAUGAACUCGCCAUGGACUAUGAUCGAACCGCAAAGCUAAAAGCCUUUGAAAAAACUAAAGCUGGUGUCAAAGGACUGGCAGAUGCCGGUUUGAAGCAUAUCCCAAAGAUAUUCAUGCAACCACUGGAAGAACUCGCUGAGGAGCUGAACUAUCCGCGCUCCAAUCUUUGGGUGCCGGUCAUUGACGUCGCCGGAAUCGAUAGUGCCGACCGACGCAAGGAGAUUGUCGAGGAAGUAAAGGUUGCAGUAGAGAAGUGGGGCUUCUUCCAGGUGGUGAACCAUGAAAUCCCCUUGAAGGUAAUGGAUGGGAUGAUUCAUGGGCUGCGCUUGUUCAAUGAGGGAGAUUUUUUGCUGGCGGGCUUGGAGAGAAGAACAAACUUGAUUGUUUCAAGACACGAAAGGUAG